CCGGACGCGCCGCUAUGUGGGGUUGGUGGCUGCGCUCCUGGCGGGAGGGGGUGACGGUGGCGCGCGGGGCGGCGGGGCGGGCAGGGGCGCCGCCAUGGCGGGUACUCUUCUUCGGCACCGACCGCUUCGCUGUCACCGUCCUGCGAGCCCUGCAGGCCGCCAGGGAGCCCAGCGAGAACUUGCUUGUGUCCAGGCUGGAGGUGGUGACUUUGCCCUCCCGCCUACGUGGGGACCUGCCUGUGAAGAGCUGUGCCCAGGAGUUCCAGCUGCCUGUUCACGAGUGGCCACACACAGGACCUGUGGGACAGUUCGAUGUGGGUGUGGUGGCAUCAUUUGGACGUCUUCUAAGCAAGGAGCUUAUUCUACAGUUCCCAUAUGGUGUGCUGAAUGUCCAUCCCAGCUGCCUCCCACGAUGGCGUGGUCCUGCACCAGUAGUCCACACAGUGCUUCAUGGAGAUGAAGUGGCUGGGGUGACAAUUAUGGAAAUAAGAUCAAAAAGGUUUGAUGUGGGUCCAAUUAUUAAGCAAGAAGAGUUUCCUGUUCCUCCCUGUUGUACUGCAAAGGAGCUGGAAGUGUUGUUAGCAAAGAUGGGUGCAAACAUGCUGAUAUCAGUCCUGAAAAACUUGCCUGAAAGCUUACAAAAUAAAAGAGAGCAACCAAAAGAAGGAGUAACCUUUGCUCCUAAAAUAUCUGUGGCUAAGAGCUGUGUCAAAUGGGAAGAGCAGACAGCUGCACAAAUACUUCAACUGCAUCGUGCAAUAGGAAGUAUGUUCCCUUUGCAGACCCUCUGGAGGGGUACCACUGUUAAGCUUCUGGAUCUGGUGGAAGUGGAUAAUAUUCCUGGGUUUUCAGAUCAAGUAUUAAAUGAUUGUGGAGCUGCUCCUGGUUCACUGCUGUACCAUAAAGCCUCCCGAAUGCUGAUAGCUCGUUGCAGGGAAGGCUGGGUUGGAAUCAAAGGAGUGGUGUUAAAGAAGCAGCUUACGGCAGUCGACUUCUACAAUGGAUAUUUGCACUCUUUGUUCCAGCAGAACUCAAGAUCAGUUCGUGAGGAAUGCAGAUUUCAAACACUUGAACUUAGCAUUGCAAAAAAGACUCUGAAGGAGAGGGAGAAAUUGCAACAGGAUGCAAAACAAUAGAUGUAUUUUAAACUGUGGCUGAAGACAGCUGUUGCUAGUGAUA